AUGGACCAGUCACCCAGAGUACCGAUAACCUGCCUCAAACUGACCGGAAGUCACUAUGAUAUUGGAUACGAGCUGGGGAUGUGUAUGGGGAAAGAGAUCCGAGACUUCAUGGCGGAAAUGAGUGAUGAUAUCAACAAUCUGAAGCGAUACACCGAUUCUGCUGAAGGGAGGAAAACAUACGAAAGAUUCCUUGAUACCGUGACGUCACACUAUCCACUUUAUCGGAGGGAGUUACAAGGAACGGCUGACGGUGCUGGAGUAGAAUUUAAGAAGCUUUUCCUUUUCAACAUUGAGCCCGAGUUGACUGCCUUAUAUGGUAAUAACUCCGUUGUGGAAGCUGCGCCCUCUUCUGACGAAUGUCGGCAUUACCCACAGUCAAGUGGAUGUACAGACAUCUAUAUCAGGAACUCGAAAACCGACACAUUUGUGUUGGGACAUUCUGAGGAUGGACCCCCGGCAAUGGACAAAGCCGGUGUCUGGCUGGAUGUAGAUAUCACCGAUACAUGGAACGGAAAAACAGUCAAGGAGAGGUUCAUGUCGUUCACCAGAGCCGCCCGACGAUUCUUCAUGCGUGCAAUUCUAUCGGCAAAGAACUAUCAUGACAUCGUAAACAUCGUAGAGAAAUCGCCGGGUGUUUCGUCUGGGUAUAACAUCAACUUGAUUCACCCCGCCCCCAGCAGUGCCGGGUCCCCGGUUCACCCCGCCCCCAGCAGUGCCGGGUCCCCGGGAGGCCUGAUGUGUACGUGUAUAGAGAUAGCGGGACAUACAGACGGAGUCCGGAAAUGUGUAACUCCGUGUGCUGACUUCUUCACACACACAAACCUAUACUCUCAGCAAAGGAGAACUAAUGGUCCUAAAUUGAAAUUUGGCUAUGACUUGAUUUCAGCUAUAUUUGAUUUGAAUGCCAUGAUAUUAGAUAUCUACCGCGACAAGCCUGACAGUACUGACCCCAUCAUCAACAUCGAUAUCAGAGCGUUCCAGGGAUAUCCUACAAAAUGA